ACAUCAUCACUCUCUGCAAAAACAAAAAUCAUUGUUCAUCAUCUCCGAUAAAGCAAACCCCCAAACUUAAAUCUGUUGUUGAAUCUUGCACUUAAAUCGUGAAGAAUGGCACCAAAAACUCAGAAAAAGAAACCAGCAACUAAGAGAACUGACAAGUCGGAGGUGGAAAUUAUGUCAGAACCUCGCCACAACCAGGUUGCUUAUCUUGAUCCGGAAGACAAGCUGGAUGAAUACAAGGGCAUUACGAAGUGGAUACGGGAAUCAAGGAUCAACUUUGCCGUUACUCAUGAAACUACCGUUUACAAAUCGUUGAUAAAGGAUUUCUGGAAUUCAGCAGAAGUAGUUGAAAUGGAUGCAACGGAAACGAUAAGAGGACGUGUUAAUGAUCAAGACGUUGUUGUUUCUGUCGAGAUCCUUAACACGGUUUUGCAACUAAGAGAUGAUUCCGAAGCUUCGUUUUAGGUGCCACUAAAGUGUCAAAGAGGUUGCCUACUACGCAUGAAAUGUACCGGAGACAUUUUGGGAAAGCAGCUGAACAAGUCUUCGUUACCGCUUCGUUACAAGUUUUUACUUUAUGUAUUGAUCCAGUGUUUGAGUAAUCGCCGAAGUGGAUACGACAUGGCGAACUAUGGUCUCGUCGGUUUGAUGGUGGCUUUAGUAUUGAACAAACCGUUCAAUAUCUCAAAGUACAUAUUCGCCAACAUGAAAGAAAACUUGAGAAGAACUGGAAGUAUGACAGGUGGCAGCAAGUUCUGGAUGUACCCACGGUUUCUGCAGAUGAUUAUGAAUGUACAACAUCCGAAUCUUCCUAAAGAAGACAAUGAUGUUAUGAAGGUUGAAGUUAUGAAAGAAAUAUCAUUGAAAGUCUUGAAAGGAUUCAGUGCUAAAAGCUUCAAGGAAAGUGAUCCUCCAUGGAAGUUAUUCGGUUUUCUAGAUAAAAACGCGUAUGUGGCACCAGAAAAUGAUAAAUGGCGACACGACAACAGCGAGUCCGACGAUGAAGAGCCCACCUUGAACAAGAAGAUCCAAGAUAAAUUUGGAAAGAAAGAUGACGAAGUGUAA